AUGUAUUCGCUCAAGCUUGCUCAUCAUCGCGCAGAUAUUAAAGCUCGGCGAGACCCAGUGGACGGCAUCUUGCCUGUGCGGGGUGGAGGCGGCACACCCCUCAUUCUCAAGGUGAAAGGACCAACUCCACAGCAGAUGAAGUACAAAGGUGGACACACCGGCCUGAAGUACUGA